AGCUUCUGUGGGGCAGUUGGACUUGGCCGGCGGUGAGGCCGCGGGGGAUCUAGCACUUAGUGGGACAGGUAAGGGGCGGCCUGGGGUCAGCGGUGGGGGUCUAACCCGGAGAACGCCUGAGAGGAGGAACAGUGCCCGCUAGCCCCAGCCUCCAUCCGGUUCGCCACGCCCCAGCGCCCCGGGAGCUUGCCUUUUUUCUUCAGGACCAGACCAUGGAGAGCCAAGUCCAGCAGCUUCGACAGGCUUUCCGGUCCGGCCGGUCGCGACCCCUGCGGUUCCGGCUGCAGCAGCUCGAGGCCCUGCGGAGGAUGGUGCAGGAGUGCGAGAAGGACAUCCUGGAGGCCAUCGCCGCGGACCUGUGCAAGAGUGAAUUCAAUGCAUACAGUCAGGAAGUCAUUACUGUCCUCGGGGAAAUUGAUCUUAUGCUGGGGAAUCUUCAUGAAUGGGUUACUGCUAAACCAGUUAAGAAGAACUUGUUCACUAUGCUGGAUGAGGCCUAUAUUCAACCAGAGCCUCUGGGAGUCAUACUGAUUAUUGGAGCUUGGAACUACCCCUUCGUUCUCACCAUGCAGCCGCUGGUGGGAGCCAUUGCUGCAGGAAAUGCUGUGAUUAUCAAGCCUUCUGAACUAAGUGAAAAUACAUCCAAGAUCUUGGCUAAGCUCCUCCCUCAGUAUUUAGAUCAGGAUCUGUAUGCUGUUGUUAACGGUGGUGUUGAGGAAACCACAGAGCUUCUGAAACAGCGAUUUGACCACAUUCUCUAUACGGGAAAUGCUGCAGUUGGAAAAAUUGUCAUGGAAGCUGCUGCCAAGCAUCUGACCCCAGUGACACUUGAACUGGGAGGGAAAAGUCCAUGUUACAUUGAUAAAGAUUGUGACCUGGACAUUGUCUGCAGACGCAUAACCUGGGGAAAAUACAUGAAUUGUGGUCAAACCUGCAUUGCUCCUGACUACAUUCUCUGUGAAGCCUCCCUCCAGAAUCAAAUAGUGCAGAAGAUAAAGGAAACCGUGAAGGAAUUUUAUGGAGAAAACAUAAAAGAGUCUCCUGAUUAUGAAAGAAUCAUAAAUCUUCGUCAUUUUAAGAGGAUACGAAGUUUGCUUGAAGGACAAAAGAUAGCUUUUGGUGGGGAGACUGAUGAAGCCACACGCUACAUAGCCCCAACAAUACUUACUGAUGUUGAUCCUGAGACCAGAGUGAUGCAAGAAGAAAUUUUUGGACCAGUUCUUCCAAUAGUCCCUGUGAAAAAUGCAGAUGAAGCCAUAAAUUUCAUAAAUGAACGUGAAAAGCCCCUGGCUCUCUACGUGUUUUCUCAUAACAACGAGCUCAUCAAACGGAUGAUUGACAAGACAUCCAGUGGUGGUGUGACAGGCAAUGAUGUCAUCAUGCACUUCACUCUCAAUUCUCUGCCUUUUGGAGGAGUGGGUUCCAGUGGGAUGGGAGCUUAUCAUGGAAAACAUAGUUUUGAUACUUUUUCUCAUCAUCGUCCCUGUUUAUUAAAAAGUUUGAAGAGAGAAGGUGCUAACAAACUCAGGUAUCCUCCCAACAGCCAAUCAAAGGUAGAUUGGGCAAAAUUUUUCAUGCUGAAACAGUUCAACAAAGGAAAACUCGGGCUCCUGUUGUUCACGUUCCUGGGUGUGGUGGUAGCAGUGCUUAUCAAGAAAUACCAAGCUGUGCUGAGGAGAAAGGCCCUGUUGAUUUGUCUGGUAGUUCACAGACUGCAUUGGUCCAGUGAACAGUGAUGAACAGAUUUCAAACCCAACUCUGUUAAGAGUGAGGCUGGAUACUACUGAAGAAUGAUCCUAUUCAACCUCUUCUAUUGAAUAUUCCUCUAUCAAUGGCUAAUGAACUGAUUUUUAACUCCUACCCAAAUCAGAAAAUACGCAAAUAUGCCAUGACAAAACCUAAAAGUCAUUACCACUCACCGUUAAUAAAAGUUGCCAUUUCAGCCAAAUCCCAACAUUCCCCAAUAAUAAGAAUAGUUAGGAAACUUAUUCUAGAUUGUGCUAGGGACAGGAAUGUGUUCAGCUAAAUCCAAACUCCUUGAACCUGCUCAGUGACUUCUACACUCCAAUUCAUAGGACAUCCCAUCCCUUGCCCUUGCUGCUACCAUCAUUGGGUGAAGCUUUCAAGAACUCAUUACUGCCCAGGGAUAUCAGUAGUCCUCUAUAGUCAAAAGAAGUAAGGUUAGAUAUUCCUGGAUCCAGGGGCUGGGGAGAUAGCUCAGCUGGUAGAGUGUUUGCCUCGCAAGCACAAGGCCCUGAGUUUGAUCCCCAGUACUGCAAAAAAAAAAAAAAAAAAAAAAAAAAAUUGUGCGCUAAAACUCGUGUUGGGGGAGCAAGGCUAUGAGUGGAGGUUGCUCCUCAUCCAUUGGGACUUAGGGACUUGACUUCCAGCAGUUAGAGCUCUUCAUCCUUUUCCAUUCAUUCUCCAUCAUCUGGAGUGUGUUUGGUUUUAACAGUCUGCUGUGGUUAUUCUUAAGUACUUUUUGUGAAUAAUAUCACUCAAAGCAUCUUACAAAGUCUAGGACUUGCUAGAAAAUCUUUGCCAGUUUCAUGCAAGUAUCACCUGUCUUUGACAUGAUGUUGAACUUAACAUCUUACUGAAACCUAACUAGCAUUUUUUUUUAAAUGCUAUAAUUAGAGUAAGUAUAAAUACUGCCGUGUGCAGUAGCAUUUGCCUGUAAUUCUAGCUACUUAGGAGGCUGAGACAGAAGGAUUACUUGAGUCCAGAAGUUCGAGGCCAGCCUAGGCAACGUGGUGGUAAAAUAAAUCUUCUCAGGACCCUAAAAUUGCAAGUUAGUAGAUCUUCGAGGACAAGUCUUUAACCAUCUUAUUUCUAGAGUACCAUACAAGUAAAUUUCACUUUUUUAAACCUCAAAGAGAUCCCUUUCUGUUCUAUUCAACUUGCAGGGCUUAAAAUGGGGGAAUCAUUUCCUGUCACAAAAAAAGAGGCCUUGAAUAUUAGGACUUUAGGGCUUUAGAGCUUCAUGGGGAAGAGACAGUGGAUAAUAUAGAGAAGUUUAGUGAAUGCUGUUUAAGUUAGUUGGCCAUAAUAAAGAGAAUGGAGAUGGUAAGAGGAUCUCCUGAACAAAUGGGCAGAUCUCACUAGAGCCCGAGGUACCUCAUCCAAGGAGGAAAGCGCCAAAGGAGGCCUGUGUGGAAUGGCAUUCUCUGCCAGGGAGUGCUGUGCUAUGCCUUGGAGCUGCUGGUUGCAGGGACUUUGGUUCCUUUGCUUGAUAUGAAAAGAGACUUGGCCCACUCAAUGACAGAAUGUAACUUGCACUAUCGAAUGUAUAAUCAAUUUUGUUAAAUAAUUUGUUCCAUUAAGGCUGUCUAGUAUGGUAUAUCUUUACCACCUUACAAGGUGUCAAGAAUUAAUCACUGGCCUAAUUUAGGAAAACAGUUGUUUAAACUGUGGUUUUGAUAUAACGAUCAAUCAUAGAAUAUCUUAUAUAAAAUUUCAAUAUAGAAUUUUCAUUUACUAUAUUAAUUGUAUUUUGUAAUUUCUAGUUAAGCUAAAUUAUUGGCUUGUCUACUAAUAUAUUCUCCUAAAUAAAUGAUUAUACUUCAUAAAAUUGGCAUGAAUUUUGUAUCAUUCUUCAUGUGAAAUCUCAGACAUGCCCUGUUGGAGAUAAUCCUUUGAUCAUGUUUUCUUUAACUAUUAAAUUUUCUCCAUUUUUUUCUUUUAUCUAACAAAGAUGGUUUUUGUUAACUGUCUUUGUUGUACUUUCUCAUUUUAAAUUCUUAGCCAAAAAAUUUUUCUCAGACUUUGAUUUCUGCUUGCAUGGGGAGGAGGUGGAGAGGGAGAGGGAAAAGGAGAAGAGAGAUAUUGAUUGAUGGCUACCUGUGACCUGAUUUACCAUUGAAUCCAAAGAUGUUCACCAAUCCCAGGUCUCAAAAGCAUCCAGAAAUUUGGAUCAGCACUGAAUUCCAUCCUGAGGCUCUGUGGCAAAAUAAUCUUUGCUGCUCUGGUUUUUAUCAUACCACUGCUAUAAGAAAAAGUACAGUAUGAGCAAGUAUUUCUCUAUGAUACAUGAAAAUGCUGGUGGAAUGAAAGAACUGGAGAAAAGGUAAGAGAUCUAUAGACAACCCCCUGCCCUAGCCAGGGUCUUAUAGCACCUGUGUGCAGGGGUCAAGGGGUUCCCUGGGCAGGGCCCACUGCUACCUUCUCAGAGAGUUUAUAGAGGAUCUGAGGACAAACAGGCAUCAGGCUAUGCCUAGGAAGUGCAAUUUAUACUGUUAGUGGUUUUUGCAAUUUUGUUUUAUUUGAAUCUUUAAUUCAAAGCCAUUUAUAUUCUGUGUGCUCUGUAUGUGUAUGUGUGUUUUACUGGGAGUAAACCCAGGGGUUUUCUGUGAAUGAGCUGCAUCCCCAGCUCCUUUUAUUUUUUGAGACAGGGUCUAAGUUGUCCAGGCUGGCCUUGAAUUUGCAACCCUCCUGCUUUGGCCUCCCAAGUAGCUGGGAUUGCAUGUGUGCAUUACUGUGCCCAGCUUGAAACCAUUUAUAUUCUUGAAUAAUAGUGACAAUCCCGGGACUCUUAUUUUUCCAGUGGGCUAAUGUCUUCUGAAGAACAGUCCAGGUCAGAGAAGAAAUAAACCAAUUUGACCACAAUAGAAUUGCUGAUCUGCACUUCAGAUUUUUCUGAAUGUCACUACAAGGUGCCCAGUGAAGUUCUUUCCUCUUUUUUGAGAAGUGGUUCCAAGUGUUCACCUGCACUGGACGCAUGGGUGCUUUUGUAGGGUAGACUAUGUGAGUGCACAAAUGUAUGCUGAAGGUAGCCACAUGACUUUCUGCUUGUGUGCUCUUUGGUAGUCCUGAUGGCCAGGACUGUGGUGACAAGCCAUACUAUUACUGUGGCUGAUUUCACUCCCAAGCAGCUGUGGGUCUGCUGGUAGGAGCUGCAAGGACAAGGGCUGCCUCGAGUCAGACCUUGAAUUUGCCAUCCAGGUAAUACUAUGGGGAGCUGCCUGUAAACUCUGUAGAAGCAAACAGGAGCAAACUUGGUAGUCCUGGAGGUAGGGGUAGAACUUGAGCUUUCCCAUCCAGAAGCUGAGGCUGCAUUUGUUAUGCCAUGUGACUGAUUCUAAGGCUCAGUGCCUUAUAAGAAAAAGUUCCUGCACAAUAGGAAAAUGUGUGCUGUACUUGCAAGUAAGACCAGAGAAGGAAAUAUGUGGGAAAGCAUCUUGAACUGUGAAUUUACUAUACAGAUAAAGCUUACUACUAAGAUCAGUUGAGGAGUAUUUGUUUGAACCUGUCCUUGUGAUAGCAUGUGGCAUGUCAAGUGUAACUUUUAUGUAUGACUUCAAAAGCACUUAUUAAACUCUUAAUUGAUCAUAUCUUAACGCCUU